AAUCGGCAUUUGGGAGAUUUAGCAAUGAAAUAACCGGUUGUUGAUGAUCCGGCGAUCGGUUUCUUGAUAGUAUAAAUACUUUUCCGAGUACCUUAAGUCAGUGUGUUUCGACCACUUUACAACAAUUAUCUGUAAUAUUCUCCCAUAUACUACAACUAUGAAUCCAAUCCUCCGCAGUAGCCUCUCGUCGAAGGCACUCAAAUCCUCGACUCUCCCAAUCUGCCGCCAGAGGAGCCUCUUCCCUCAACCAUGGCGGUUCUACACUCAGAGCUCCUACGGCGGUGGUGAACAGAAGCCAGAAGGCAAAGCGGAAGCUAAAACGAGCAAGCCUACGCGCGAUAUAGAACAUCCAGUACCCCCUCCCCCGGACGUUAGCAAGGGCAAGGGCUCAUCUUCACCAUCAUCAUCAUCCUCAUCCUCAUCCUCGUCAUCCGGCGAUGGCCCCAGUUUCCAGAACCAACCUCCCUCAGACGAGGAAACCCGCCGCAACAACGACGGCGCAGAGGUGUAUCCGCACACGACGAACAGACCGUCGAACAACGCCCGGCCGACCAUCAGCAACGGGCAGUCGCCCAACGUCGACGAGGAGGGGAACCCGCGUCCGGAUGUGCCCGAGGAGGUGAGGCGGCAUAAUGACGAGGUCGAGAAUCGGCAUGACCGGGCGUAUAACAAGCUGGAGGAUGAUGGGAAGGUGCAGAAGGUGUCUUGGAAAACUGGCAAAUAGAGGGGCCGGGUGGUUUGGUUGCUGCUUGUGUCGGGGAUUGUUGGUUGGAGCUGGGGGUGGAUGCUGAUGUUAAUGCGGUUGAGUAGUUUGACACUAUCUUACCGGUGGUUUAGUCUGUGGUCUUUAUAUGAGUUGAUGCUCGUUAAGUUAGACGGCCCAUAUCGAAGGGUGUGAUAAGGUCGCAGUGUGCGCUGGAUGACGUGUGUACCAUAAGUUUGAUUUUGCGUGAAUUUGCAUCUUGA